AUGUCCAACAAGUUAAUUACGCCGAAACAAGAACCCAUGGGAGCUGCUGCAAUUAGUGACAUGAUGAGAGCUGCUCAGCAACAAAUCAGAGAUCGGCAGCAAGAACUCAAUUUUACAGCACCACCUAUCUCUGCAGCACAGCAACGAUUAGCAGAGCUUCAAGCUAGAAUUGCGAAGCAGACGGGCCAUCUUCUUCCAAUACCUCCUAUUGAUGAAAAACCAGUUCAUGUCACAAUCGAUCGUGAAGGUCGAACGAUCGAUUCUCUCACUGGUGAAGUUCUUCAAUUGCCAAAUCGUAUACCUACACUGAAGGCCAACCUUCGUGUUCAAAAGAAGGAUGUUAAACAAGAACAACCAAAACAAAAAGCAGUCAAAGAGGUUGUUACGGAAUAUCCCGGUAUUGACGCAUCAGCCAAAUAUCAUGAUGGUCGGCUCUUAGUUCGACCCGCUGUACGUAGUCGUCGUGAAUUUAAAUUCGUUGACAAAGGCAAAUACGAAGAUUUAGCGAACAAGCAACGUGCAAAAGAAAAAUUGAAAAAACUUCAAGAUCAAAUUGCACAAACCGCUAAAAACGCCGGUAUCACUGUUGGAAACAAAGUUGGAAUUAUCCAACCGAAAAAAUUUUUCUCCGAAUCGGAGGUUCCUGACAUUGAAUGGUGGGAUGCCGUCAUUCUUCAACGGGAUAAUUACUCAGCAAUUACUCCAGAUGCCAAAAUUGCACCCAUGCUAACCGGUAUUACACAACUUAUUGAACAUCCAACGCAGCUUAAACCACCAUCCGAGCCGAACAAGCCAGUUUUAUUGCCGAUUCAUUUAACAAAACGUGAACAACGCAAACUGAGACGACAGCAUCGUGCCGAAGCUUUGAAAGAGCAGCAAGAAAAAAUUCGUCUUGGUUUGAUUCCAGCACCAGAACCAAAGGUGAAAAUCUCCAAUAUGAUGCGCGUUCUAUGUUCGGAAAACGUCCAAGAUCCAACAAAAGUUGAACAAUACGUUCGUGACCAAAUGGCGCAGCGUAUUAGAACACACGAAGAAACCAAUGCAGCACGAAAACUAUCCGCCGAACAACGUCGUGAAAAGAAAACCAAACGAGCUAGAGAAGACACCACGACCGGCGUUCACGCGGCUGUCUAUCGCGUUCGAUACUUAGAUGAUCCAUCUCAUCGAUUCAAGAUUGAAACUAAUUGUAAACAACUACACAUGACUGGUUGUGUCGUUACUUGGAAGGAUGUUAACAUAAUUGCAGUAGAAGGAGGACCUAAACAACAGAAGAGUUUUCGUCGUUUAUUACUCCAUCGAAUUAAGUGGAAUACUUCGAGUAAAAAUCGCAUGGAUGAUGAUGCGAAUGAAUCAGAGAAAGAACGUAAUAAAUGUGUACUUCUUUGGGAGGGUACGGUCAAAGAACGGUCGUUUGGUGAAAUCAAAUUCAAAGCGUGUCCAACAGAUAAUUUCGCUCGCGAACACUUUCGUCGUCAUGGCGUUGAACACUACUGGGAUAUCGGACACAAUGAUACGAUACUGGAAGCAUCAAAUGAUUGA